AUGUCGAAGCAAGAUAUUCCUCCAGACAAAUACCUUAAACUGCGAGAUCAGUACAAAUACUAUAUUGAUUCGUAUAACGCAUUAUAUCAGCUGAAAACGGAAAAUGAAGAAGACCUAAACAAGAUUUACAAAAUGAUACGAACAGAAUUAAUCGAUUCAAAGAAAUUUAUACCCCAAAAUAUUAUCAAAGAUAUUUUAAAUAUCAUUCAGUAUAAGAAUCGCUAUACAAAGUCAUAUUUAUAUCUUGCGAAACUCAUUUAUGAUGAUUAUCAUGUCAAAGAGGUCAUCAAUGUUGAUACUAUUUCAAAGUUCUUAUUUUAUAAAGAAUAUGGAAUUAGAUUAGACAAUUCAGAUGAUUUCGAAAGAAUUAGAUCAGAAAAUCUUGAUAUUCAUACAGAAGAUACUAUAUACAGAGCAAUUAUGUAUAAUGACUUAGAAAGAUUCAUUACAUUCACAGAAAGAGAAGGAUUUGAUAAAGAUCAAAGACUUAAAAGCGAAUUAUAUCCAUGUUCUUCCUAUUCAUUACUUGAAUUAUGUUGUUAUCAUGGAGCAGUUGAUUGUUUCAAGUUCUUAAGAACAAAAUUUAAUUCAUCAAUAACUUUUAAAUGUCUAGAAUUUUCAUUUUUAGGUGGAAAUCCAGAGAUCAUGAGUGAAUGUUUGAAAUAUGAAAAACCAGUAUAUUAUUCACACCAAAAAAGUGCAAUUAUCUCACACAACAUUGAUUUUAUUACAUUCUUGAUGAAUGAAUAUAAUGUUGAGAUCUAUUUAGAAUACUGCGCAGAUCAUAAUAAUCUUGAAGCAUUUUUAGUUUACCUUGAUCGAACUAAUGAUAUUAAUCUAUGCUUUGUUUAUUCAUCGAUGUUUAAUAUUCCAUCCCUUUGCAAAUAUUACCUAUCACGUGGUGCUGAUAUCAAUGCAGAAAAUAGAGAUGAACAAACUGCUCUCCAUUGUGCAGCCUUAAAAAUAGUAAAGAAACAGCCAAAUUUCUUAUUUCACGUCAUAUAA